AUGCUUUCCGCUUCAUCUUCCAGCACUGAACUGGAGACUGCCGACGACGCUCCCGUCGAACACGCCACACUUGCCUACGAGCGAGUGAGGCGUGAACAUGCGCUCCAGCGCUACUUAAAGGCCCGAGAGGCGUACGAAGUCGCGUGCAUCGCACGCGACCGUCGCCAGCUUGUCGUGCAGUCACACAACCACACGCUACGGCUACUGGAGCGGGUCGUUGGAGAUGUAAAGGCUGUUGUCGAUGCAACUCUGAAAGAAGGGUUCUCGGUGCGAGAGUCCACAGUCACAGCUGCUGAGAUGCUGCUCGCUUCUUCUUGCUACAAGAGGGCUGAGCGAGGUCUUGUGAGUUUGUUGGUGCAGGAGAGACGGCAACAUGAAGUGUCACAGGUCGCUACCCCGCCGCCAACGGAGACGUCUCUUAUACCGCAAGUGUUUUCGUCCAGCUCGCGGGCUGACAAGCCAGUGGUAUCGUCGUCAGAAAAACACAUGCUGCGUCCGCUGCUUCUCCUGUGUGAGUGGCGGCUUGACUACGCAACUCUGCUGUGCCGCCAACGCUUGCCGCUGUUUUCAGAGUUGGCGCGUGCCCAGCGACUGGUGUACAACUCUAGUGAGGGCGCUAGAGAGGCACGUAGGCGCGUGGGCGCGCCGACGCCAUCUGUCGUUCAACAGUGUCGGGUGCAAGUUUCGGAAGCCAGGGCCUCGCUUGCUAAGGCGAGAACGUCUCAAGAGUCGCUCAAGGAUCGCCUUCAUCAACUACAUGAAAUGUUGCUCCGAAGCGCACCUGUUCACGCCGAGAGCGGUGUCUUCGUGGAUGCUGAUGUUGCAGAGGAAAUUCAAGCACAAGUUCGGCGAGAGAUGGCCGUCGGCCGCGUUACGCUGCUGCGUAUUCUGUGCGAGAAUUUGAGUGGCGCCUUUGACGAGAGAGGGCGACUGACGACUCGCUGA